AUGGAGACAAUGGAAAAUAUGCUUUUCGAAGCAGCAGCUGAGGGAAAUGUGAAUUCAUUGAAGAAGCUGCUUCAAGAAGAUCCAAUAAUUCUUGAUAGAGUAAUAGUUAAUAGUUACUCUGAUACUCCUUUGCACGUAGCAGCAAUAUUGGGACAUAUUGAUUUCGUAGUUAAAGUGUUGUUACCAGCUGAUCCUCUAAUGUGCCUAGCUCGAGAUAGAAAUGGGCUGACGCCUCUCCAUCUGGCAGCCAUCAAAGGCUGGAUUGAAACCGUGAAACAGUUGGUUCAAGCAAAUCGUGAUGCAGCUCAAGUGAUCGUGGGUCAAGGGCAGACUAUUCUGCAUUUGUGUGUGAAGUACUAUCAGAUUGAGGCCUUAAAGCACUUGGUGAAUACCAUUAGAGAUCAAGAUUUCACAAAUUGUAAAGAUAGUGAUGGAAACACUAUCUUACACUUGACAAUAGCUGUAAACAAGUUGAGGGAGAAUUUAGAAUCGAAAACAAAAGAGAAGCUUUAA